AUGUCCCUCCCGCCACAAUCCCGUCGCAACCCGCAAGAGUCAGGUUCUAUGAGUACAGGUAAUAGCUCUCCUAAAUUCACGCCGUCGCCUCGCUCCUCGCAGUCCUCCAAUGCUCGAUAUGUGGUUCAGGAACCGAAUUCUUACCAACUACGGUCCAUGACCCCGCACAAUGAGCCAACCACGAAACACGGAAGUGCUGAAGAUGACGGGCUUCUACCCAGCAUACGGCGCCCAUCGCUGGACUCGGUACAAAGCUACGAGCUAUACACGCCAGAUGAGGACAGGGCUGUGCUAAAGAAACUGGACCGAAGGCUAGUCCUGUUCAUGGCAUUGCUCUACUGUUUGAGUUUCUUGGAUCGGUCUAAUAUUGGGAAUGCACGCAUAGCAGGCUUGAAUGAUGAUCUGAAGCUAAGCUCCACUCAAUAUGAGUGGCUCCUAUGGGCGUUCUACAUUACAUAUGUCUUGUUCGAAUGGAUGGCACUCAUGUACCGAUUAGUCCCGCCACACAUUUACAUCUCCAUGUGCGUUCUGGGAUGGGGCAUAGUCGCAUCCCUGCAAGCAGUGGCCACCUCCUUCAGCUUCCUCCUCAUACUUCGAGUCUUUCUCGGCAUUAGCGAAGCAGCGUUCGGGCCCGGCGUCCCUUUCUAUCUAUCUUUCUUCUUCCGGCGACAUGAACUGGCCUUUAGAAUCGGCCUGUUUGUCUCCGCUAGCCCCCUCUCAGCAUCCUUUGCCGGGGCCCUUGCGUAUCUGAUCACUCUAGUGGGCGAGCAUAGCCCGCUCAGCCCCUGGAGGUUACUGUUCUUGCUAGAGGGCUUUCCGAGCGUGUUGGUUGCUGUAUGGGCAUGGGACUUUGUGCCCGAUGGUCCUGGGAUUGCGAAGUGGUUGAGUCCUCGGCAAAGAGAGGUUGCUGUUUUGAGACUGCGGCAAGAGAAGGAGAACGAGGAGGACGAGCGGGAGACUGAAAAGCGUCGGGGUCGCGGGAGGGUCAACGUUCGCGAAGUUCUCCAGACGCUGAAAGAUCCUAAAUGCUACCUGACGGCGCUUAUGUUCUUCUCCUGUAACGUCGCCUUUAGCUCGAUGCCAGUAUUUUUGCCAACGAUAAUUCGGGACAUGGGAUUUCAAUCCAUUACUGCGCAAGGGCUCUCAGCACCGCCGUAUCUGUUCGCCUUCGUUGUAGUUCUCGCAACUGCAUACUACUCGGAUCGCCUACAAUCACGCUCGACAUUUAUCGUAUUCCAUUCCUUGCUGGCUACGACAGGGUACGGUGUCAUAGCGCUGUCUGGUUACUAUGAAUCCACCAACACCAUGAUACGGUACUUGGCGUUGUACCCGGCAGCCGCAGGGUUCUUCUCUGCCGUUACCUUAAUCAUAACCUGGACUAUCAACAAUCAAGAGACAGAUAGUAAGAAAGGUACAGGAAUUGCGAUUCUAAAUAUCAUCGGGCAGUUGGGUCCAUUGGUCGGAACGAGUAUUUUUCCAGACAAGGAUGGACCAUGGUAUGUGAAGGGCAUGAGUAUAUGCGCGGCAUUCAUGCUGUUGGUUGGUGUUCUGGCCGCUAUCCUGAGAUGGGUGUUGGUGCGAGAGAAUCGGAAGUUGAGGGAGGAUAAGGGAGGUGGGGAGUAUGCAGGUCUUCCGCUCGAGGAGGCUUCCUCGAAUACCCACCCGAGGAUGGAGUCUUCAAAGUCCAAGGAUGAGGGUCGAGAUCGGGCCAACUACGUAGGUUCUAGAACGACAUCGCAGGACAGCAGCCAAGAAAAGCUGGAUGAAGUCGAAAAGGCUUCGACGGUUGUUGGCAGUCCGCAGAUUUCGCCCCAACAUGAGGUUCCAACCAGCGUCUUCAAGCCAGAAGCUGAUCUAGAAAAGUUUCCCGGUCAUGGAAAGCCUCGAAGAGAGUCUGAUUCGACCAAGUUUGGCGGGGAAGAGGAGGACCCUAACGUCGGUGUAUCGUUCCAGAGAUCGUCAACUCCGUCCACUGUGCACAAGGCCAAAGGAUUCAAGUAUGAACAUGCCGUCGAGAGUGGGAUCAAGAGGAUGCAUAAGUUUUCGCUGUACGAGACGAGUACGAGGUUCUUUCUCAUCGGAGCCGAUAUUGUGGAAGAGCAGUAUCGCGUGCUGAAGAUCGAUCGCACGUCGCCGCCUGGACACUUGAACAUUUUCGAAGACGACAAAGUGUACGACAGACGAGAGAUGUACCAGCUCUUGAGCACUAUUGAUGAUGGCAACAAGGCUACCGGAGGCUUGAAAGAGAAAUGCAGCGCUUGGGGUUUGAUGGGUUUCAUCAGGUUUACCGAAGCCUACUACAUGCUUUUGGUUACAAAGAGGACACAGGUGGCGAUGCUAGGCGGCCACUACAUUUACCAGGUCGACGGCACGGAGAUGAUUCCCCUAACAACUGGAUCAACCUCACGGUUUCAGAAAGAUCGAAAUCCAGACGAAGCAAGGUUUCUCGCGAUCCUCAACAACAUGGACCUUACGCGGUCAUUCUACUUCAGCUACUCCUACAACGAACGCACAGCUCUCAACGACAUGUUUGUCUGGAAUCACCACUUGCUGGAGCCCGCUCGCGAUACCCUAAAGAACGUGUACGACUGGUGUCAUCCGGUUAUACACGGUUACAUUGAUCAGUCUUCGCUCGACGUCUUUGGUCGCAGGAUAUAUCUCACCAUCAUUGCUCGUCGAUCGCGAUUCUUUGCGGGUGCUCGCUUUUUGAAGCGUGGGACGAAUGAUCUAGGCUAUGUUGCCAACGACGUCGAGACCGAGCAGAUCGUGUCAGAAGCACUCACGACAUCCUUCCACGCGCCAGGUCCCCGGCUGUACGCGAGUCCGACCAUACCGUUGUACUGGACGCAGGACAACACUGGUGUAACACCGAAGCCAGAUAUUGACUUGAACCUCGUCGAUCCCUUCUAUAGCGCUGCAGCAUUGCACUUCGAUCAUCUUUUUGAGCGAUAUGGCGCCCCAAUCUACGUACUAAAUUUGAUCAAAGCACGAGAGCGGACACCGAGAGAGUCGAAGCUACUAUACGAAUACAAGCAUGCCAUUGAAUAUCUCAAUCAAACCUUGCCAAAGGAUAAGAAGAUCGAGUAUGAGGCGUUUGAUAUGUCUAGGGCAUCGAAAACCAGAGGUCAUGACGUUAUAGGCACCCUGGAGACACUCGCUGAAAAGGUGCUGCGCAAGACAGGAUUCUUCCAGAAUGGGGACGAGGCGUUUGACAAGCCACAAGUUCAAAAUGGAGUGGCACGAACGAACUGCAUCGACUGCUUGGACCGGACAAAUGCCGCCCAAUUUGUCAUUGGCAAGAGAGCUUUAGGCCGUCAACUACAAGCACUUGGGGUCAUCGCGGGAAAUACGGUCGAGUAUGAUACUGAUUGCGUCGAAAUGUUCACACACAUGUUUCAUGGCCAUGGAGACGCCAUCGCGAUUCAAUACGGCGGCUCCCACCUUGUGAACACCAUGGCAACAUAUCGAAAGAUUAACCAAUGGCAGAGCAGCUCGCGCGACAUGGUCGAGAGCUUCAAGCGCUACUAUCACAACUCUUUCCUCGAUUCGCAGCGCCAAGAAGCAUACAACCUAUUUCUUGGGAACUACAUCUACACGCAGGAUCAACCGAUGUUGUGGGAGCUCACAACGGAUUACUAUCUCCAUCAUCAAGAUCCACGCUUGUGGCUCGACAAGGCACGAAGAAGCUACAUUGACUGGUACACGCCAGCAAACCUUCAACCGCGCACGCUUCCGCCUUCAAUCUCACCUAGUAGGCAUGAGUCGGAGCUAGCUGAAGCCGUAAUUAGUGCCCGUGAUGACUACUGGCUCGAAUACUACCGACCACUGGCCCUUUCCUCUUUUCUUAAGAUCUUCGCAUUCCGACUUGCAUCCCCGCGUGCUGGCCGGGACAGUAGAGACGCGUCACAUCCGUCUCGCAAAGAGAACCUUUCACCAUUUAUACCUCGCAAGAAGCGAGAUGAUCAUGAGCAUGGAAGGGAUGGCAAGAAAGGACCUCGAAAAGGCGUCACUAUCAUUGAUCCAUCAAGCGAGACUGAGUCACGCCACAGCAGCAUUGUCGGUCGUGGACGGAGAGAUGUGUAUCUCAGUGUUCCUCACGCAGAUUCUCCGGCCAAGCAGUCAAUCCUUCGGGAUCCUCACUUCGAGACACAGAUGCCUACUUCCAGGCCGUCAGCAACCGUGUCGUUCCAAUCUAUGAGCAACUCAACGUCUACUUCGACUGGACUAUCGUCAACACUCAAACCAGGGUUUAAGCCUGCUGACAAGGCUCUCAUCAACCAGUGGACGCUCGUACAAUUCUAUGAUAACAGCAUGAACCCUUCGGUGUCCACUACCGAAGAAGAUGAGUACUCGCGUUACGUCGAACAUCCACUAAGCCUGCCGCUCGUCGUCAGUAGCGAGAUGCCCAGCGCAGAUGAUCCUGGCGCAAUGGAAUACUACGACUACCUUUGCAUGACAGAAGGUGGUGUCCAAGCACCCAAAGAGUCAGACGACGAAUACAUGCGUAUCACUCCCACCGACCUCCCGCGUCUUGAUACUGACGUCGCGUCCAUCCGCUCCUUCGCCUCCCACAACCGCCCUAUGACUUCACAGUCUAUGAGUACGCCGUUCUCUCAUGCACCCUCGUACUCCUACCCCCAACAGUACCCUCUACACCCGCGUUUGCACCCAUCAUACGCUAUUGAGACACCACCGUUGUAUACGACGCCCGGCAAGUUCCAAACAGCGGAAGAGGACAUUGAGGAAUUUGAAGAGUUUUUGAAAAUAAGGGAAAAUCCACUGGAUGUUGAAGAGGAGGAUGGCGGGAAGAAGAGGUACAAGGCGUAUAGGCAGUGGUUGAAGGGUAAAACCUUUUUUAAGCAGAGCAAAGUUGACCCGGAGUGGCAGACUCAGCUGCCUGUCAGAUAG